GGUGGAUUCAGGGCUGUUUAUUGUAUUGAAUCAGAUCAAGUAACAGAGUCAUUGUGAUGUAUUGAUUGGACAUGUUCUAAUAGUUUCAGCGCUUUGGACAGAUGUUUGCUGUGGUUUAAAAUGAAGACUGUAUUCUCUGUAGGUGAAUAUGGAAGGGUGGUUAGAGUUUCCCCCGGUCUCCAGUAAAGUGGAGCAGCAGAAGAUCCAGCUCUGAUCAGCAGCUCCACACCUCUGUACUCAGACUGCUCUGCUGGAGGAACACCAUCAGCUCACCUGCUGCAGAACUGGUUACUGUCCUGAUCCAAGUCUUCUCCUGCUCCAAAUGUCAGGUUUCGGACGUAGAUGAAAUCUGAAGAUUUUGUAAAGACAUUGUAAAACUGAUAAAUAAACAGGAAAACAUGGCAUCCACACAAAUUUCCAGUAUUCAGCAAAUGCCCUCUCCUAUACCUCACAGGCAAACAAAGAAAAGUACAGACAAGAAGAAAACUCACCACUGCUCAGACUGUGGACAAAGUUUUAAUCAGGAAAAUCAUCUUCAGCGACACCAGCGCGUUCACACUGGAGAGAAACCGUUUCACUGCUCAGACUGUGGGAUGAAUUUUAGUCAACAGAAUCAUCUUCAGCAACACCAACGCAUUCACACUGGAGAGAAACCAUUUCACUGCUCAGACUGUGGAAAGAGUUUUACUCGACAGAUAACUCUCGAACGACACCAGCGCAUCCACACUGGAGAGAAACCGUAUUACUGUUCAGACUGUGGGAAGAGUUUUACUCAACAGAGUACUCUAAAAAUACACCAGCGCAUUCACACUGGAGAGAAACCAUAUCACUGCUCAGACUGUGGGAAGAGCUUUACUCAACAGAGUAUUCUCCAAGAACACCAGCGCAUUCACACUGGAGAAAAACCUUAUCACUGUUCAGACUGUGGGAAGAGUUUUACUCAGAGAAAUGGUCUCCAAGAACACCAGCGCAUUCACACUGGAGAAAAACCCUAUUACUGCUCAGAGUGUGGGAAGAGUUUUGCUAAUCAGAGUAAUCUCCAGCAACAUCAGCGCAUUCACACUGGAGAGAAAAUAUUUCACUGCUCAGACUGUGGGAUGAAUUUUAAUCAACAGAGUAGUUUCCAGCGACACCAGCGCAUUCACACUGGAGACAAACCGUAUCACUGCUCAGACUGUGGAAUGAAUUUUAGUCAACAGAAUCAUCUCCAGCAACACCAGCGCAUUCACACUGGCGAGAAACCAUAUCAGUGUUCAGACUGUGGAAAGAGUUUUAGUAAUCAGAGUAAUUUUAAAACACACCAGCUCAUUCACACUGGAGAGAAACCAUAUCACUGCUUAGACUGUGGGAAGAGUUUUACUCAACAAAGUAAUCUCCAACAACACCAGCGCAUUCACAGUGGAGAGAAACCAUAUCACUGCUCAGUCUGUGGGAAGAGUUUCAAUAAACAGAAUAAUCUCCACCAACACCAGCGCAUUCACACUGGAGAGAAACCGUAUCACUGUUCAGACUGUGGAAAGAGUUUUAGAAAACAGAGUAAUCUCAAACAACACCAGCAUAUUCACACGGGAGAGAAACCAUAUCACUGUUCAGACUGUGGGAAAAAUUUUACUCAGCAGAGUAAUCUGCAACAACACCAGCGCAUUCACAGAAGAUAAACCAUUUUUACUGCACAGACUUUGCAUCAAGUUUUAAGUAUUUGCAGUCAUUUCAAAAACACAAAAAUGUAUUAUUGCAUUAAGAGCAGAUUUAGAAAUGGGUAGUGACAAAUUAUCAACCCAGAUUAGUUGUGUAACGUGUACAGAGAUAAAACUGUUGCUUUAAGCAGUUUCUAAAGCAUAUUUAUAAACCAAAAUAUAGUUGUGUGUUGUAAAUGUUAAGUCCAGUUUAUAGCCUAUACACUGAGUAUAUCCUUACAAGCCAAAUCCUGAAGUAGAGCUCCAAUUUCAAACAAAAAAUUUGGUUUAAUUUUUAAUGUCUAAUUUUACUGAAAUCAUGGCAGUGUUAUUGUCAUAUCUCAUGUUGUUAGUGAUAUUACCUUGAUAAAUGCCUCUUACAUCAAGGCUAGUUUUUAACCAGUAGCUGCAUUUAGAGGAUCCAAGUGGAUGUUUUGAUGGGCAAAGUUGUUUAAAAAAAAAAAGCUGGAUAUCUAGACAAGAACAUAAUCAUUGUUCUUGACCAGCAUAGGGUACAUUUUCAUUUAGGUUUGAUGGUCUGGCUUAUAAAAUAGGUAGAAAGUGAGUUUUAACUUGGUCAUUGCUCAGUAUAAAUACACCACGACAAAAUACAGUUAGCGUCUUUCAUAAGUACAAAUAGUAGCAUGGUGCAGUGACUAAAAGAGAGAGAAUGAGAGCUCGGUAAGAAAGAAAAAAUGGAUGCUGUGAUGAACAACUCUAUUUUUUUUUAUUAUUUAACACUGCUAUUUGUAAAUGGAACAUUAGUAGCAGUGGACUAUAAAUAUUAUUUUUAUAGUGAAUAGACAACCCAUUCGGAAGUGCUGCUGGUCUGAUGCAUAAAAAAAAGUCAUGCAAACUCUCUGCUGGUGGGUUUUUCACACGGGAGACUGUUAGUUUCUUUUCAAAUAACAGUGUUUGAAUUUCUUACUAAAUUAACAGAAAAUCUACUCAAACAUUAGGGCCAAUCAAGUAAGACUAAAUGGGCUGUUUCUGCAGCUCAACACUCUCCACUACCAGACACUUUAACUUCUAUUCUGCAUCAGUCAAAACUUUAUGGCAGUCUUAUUUUCUCAGUAUUGGACCUACCAGCUUAUAAGCCCAUCUGCUCCUGGCCCUAGUGGCUGUUACCUCCUGAGCAUUUAAAAAAGGAGCGUUUCUACCAAUGAAAUACAAGAUGGUCCCUUUAGCUAAAGGAUGGGAAUCCAAGACAAAGUUCCUACAAUGUUCUCUCAAAUACUUUUUCCUAGAAAUGAACAGAUCUCCCAUACUUUUAACUGGAUGAUUAUUAAACUUGCUGCUCAGUAAUGUUGUACUGUUGUAUUUUUUGACUCUAUAUAAUGCCAUAUUUUAUACUGCUACUGCCAUCAGGGGCACAUUUUGUAGAUAUUAUCAUUGCUAUUUCACUCUCAGAAAUGUAGAUGUUACUAUGACCUUGGCAUUUUUUCUGAUAGAAACAGAUUUGUGAUAUCAUGCUAUGUCUGCCAGCUCACAAAGCCCAGUCUGAAGCCUCAUGGUUGUGCCAAAUUCUCAAGACCUUGCAGGUUUGUGUUGGCCAUGACUUUUUGUGCCUCUGCCACACAUCUUGUGGAAAUGUAAACGUAAUUGAAUUAUUAUUUUUUAAAUGAAUGGAGAUAAAUACUUUUUGCCAGGCUAUAGGCCAGGUUGCAUCCAGCAAGGUUCUGAGUGAAGUUCCUGCACAAUAGGGUGCCCCCAUACCCUAAUCUCUGGCCUUUCGUUAGUGAUAUCUUUGUUAUUGAACAUGUGCAGCCUUCCUAUACAUGAAAUACUAGCUGCCACGAGCAGACAUACAUGGCUCCAAGCAGAGCAGUCAGAGUGCAGAACAGCAGAGGACCGAUGGUGGUUUAGAUCUGGACUCUGUUGAGUAUGGGCAUUCUUAAUGUCCUUAUGACAGCGCCAGUAAUGAGGCUUUUACAUGACAAAGACCUGUUAACUGACAUUACUGCAGUCCCUGACACUUUCAGUCAGUAAAACCUUCGACCCAGGCAAGUCCCAGACCACGUCAAGAUGGUCAGCAAAUGGGAACACCAGUCGUUUGUAGUGAGUGCUAUACUAUUUUCUUUGUGUUGAAAUGUAAAAGGGAUAAUUCUUGAUUAAUUUAAUAUUAAUAUUGUUAAAGAAUCUGAGACGUAAAUCUUAUACAAAAAGUAAACAAUUGUUUGGGUUGUUCGAAAUGUUCUUUGCACAAAAUAAUUAUUUUGACUCAUUAUCAUGUAUUGUAUUGCUUGUAGUGAUACCCAACUGAAACAAUGAAACAUUAAAAGAGAUAAACUGUG